CCAUCUUCCAUACAAUAUUGAAACCAUCAUUAUGAGGGAAACUUUCCGUGCUAUGCUUGUUCUAGUUGUUGUAUUGUUCUUUGGAGCUGCAAAGCUUUGUUCCAGUCGGAACACGAGCUUUAGCUGUAUAGAAAGGGAGAGAGAAGCCCUCUUGAAGUUCAAACUAUGUUUCCAUGAUCCAUCUCAUAUGUUGUCUUCUUGGAAAGGCAAUGACUGUUGUGAAUGGAGAGGAGUAGGCUGUGACAACAAUAACAAAUAUGUUGUCUCACUUCAACUUAGGGGAUCAGUAUCUGAUCGACUUUAUUCGUACUUUAUUGACGAUCAACAAUCUCAAUUGUACUUGAUUGACCAUGUAGAGGAGGUUGUUUCAAGUUUGCUCGAGCUGAGACACUUGGAACACCUAGACUUGAGCAACAAUAAUUUCAAUAGUAAUCUUAUUCCACCCUCCUUUGGCUCGAUGAAGCAGCUGAGAUACCUAAAUCUCUCUUAUGCGCAAUUCAGAGGGAGAAUUCCAGGUGAACUUGGAAAUCUUACAAGGCUUCAUGUUCUUGAUCUUUCUCAUAAUUAUUAUGAGAGAUUGAAGGUUGAUGAUGACAUUCAGUGGAUUUCUCAUCUCUCCUCUUUGCAACAACUUGAUAUGAGUGGAGUAAAUCUAAGCCAUGCCUCAUCAAACUUGUUCCAGCUAAGUCUGUCAAGCUGUAGUCUCAGAAAUUGUCACUUGCCAUCUCACAACCAUCCCCUUAAUUUUACAUUGCUGGGCAAUAUUCAGCACUUAGAUCUUUCAGCUAACUUUUUCCAAGAUAGCAUCGGACAACUUUCUAAAUUAGAGAGCAUAGAUCUUUCUGGCAAUCAAUUGAGUGGGAGUAUUCGAGAUAGCAUCGGGCAAUUUUCUAAGUUAGAGAGCAUAGAUCUUUCUUUCAAUCAAUUGAGUGGGAGUCUUCCAAAAAGCAUCGGGAAACUUUCUAAGUUAGAGAGCAUGGAUAUUUGUUGCAAUCAAUUAAGUGGAAGUAUUCCAGAUAGCAUCGGGCAACUUUCUAACUUAAAGAGCAUGCAUCUUCUUUUCAAUCAAUUAAGUGGGAGUAUUCCAGAUAGCAUCGGGCAACUUUCUAAGUUAGAGAGUAUGGAUCUUGCUGUCAAUCAAUUGAGUGGGAAUAUUCCAAAUAGCAUUGGGCAACUUUCUAAGUUAAAGAGCAUGGAUCUUGUUAGCAAUGAAUUGAAUGGGAGUAUUCCAGAUAGCAUUGGGCAACUUUCUAAGUUAGAGGAAAUAAAUCUUGCUGACAAUCAAUUGAGUGGGAGUAUUCCAGAUAACAUCAGACAACUUUCUAAGUUAGAGAGCAUGUUUCUUUAUGAAAAUCAAUUGAAUGGGAGUAUUCCAAAUAUCAUCGAGCAACUUUCUAAGUUAGAGAGAAUGGAUCUUUCUCGCAAUCAAUUGAGUGGGAGUAUUCCAGAUAACAUCGGGCAAUUUUCUAAGUUAGAGUGGAUAGAUCUUUCUGGCAAUCAAUUGAGUGGGAGUAUUCCAGAUAGCCUCAGGCAAUUUUCUAAGUUAGAGACAAUAGAUUUUUCUGGCAAUCAAUUGAAUGGAAGUAUUCCAAAUAGUAUUAGGCAACUUUCUGAGUUAGAAAGGAUAGAUCUUUCUGGCAAUCAAUUGAGUGGAAGAAUUCCAGACAGCAUUGGGCAACUUUCUCAGUUAGAGAUGAUGGAUCUUUCUAGCAAUCAAUUGAGUGGGAGUAUUCCAGAUAGCAUCGGGCAACUUUCUAACUUAGAGAUCAUAUAUCUUUCUGGCAAUCAAUUGAGUGGGAGUAUUCCAGAUAGCAUCGGGCAACUUUCUAACUUAGAGAUCAUAAAUCUUUCUAGCAAUCAACUGAAUGGGAGUAUUCCAGAUAGCAUCAGGCAACUUUCUGAGUUAAAGAUGAUAGAUCUUUCUAGCAAUCCAUUUGGUGGAAGUAUUCCAGAUAGCAUCGGGCAACUUUCUAAGUUAGAGAAAAUAUAUCUAUCUGGCAAUCAAUUGAGUGAGAGUAUUCCAAAUAGCAUCAUGCAACUUUCUAAAUUAGAGUUGAUUGAUCUUUCUACCAAUCAAUUGAGUGGGAAUAUUCCAUAUAGCAUCAAACAACUUUCUAAGUUAGAGAUGAUAGAUCUUUCUAGCAAUCAAUUGAGUGGGAGUAUUCCAGAUAGUAUCGGACAACUUUCUAACUUAGAGAACAUAAAUCUUUCUGGCAAUCAAUUGAAUGGGAGUAUUCCAGAUAGUAUAUGGCAACUUUCUAAGCUAGUGAACAUAUCUCUUUCUGGCAAUCAAUUGAGUGGGAGUAUUCUAGCUAGCAUCGGGCAACUUUCUGAGUUAAAGGGAAUACAUCUUUCUGGCAAUCAAUUGAGUGGAAAUAUUCCAGCUAGCAUCGGGCAACUUCCUAAGUUAGAGAUAAUGGAUCUUUCUGGCAAUCAAUUUGGAGCAAGAUUUCCCGCAUAGCUUUAAUUGCAAAAGACAAAAAUCAUGGUUGAUCUCUCUAAUGCUAGCAUCUCAGGUCCUCUUCUAGAAAACAUAAGUCUUAUGAUGCCAAUGUUGCAGGGAUUAUAUCUUGAAAAUAACCUCAUGAACAAUUU